AUGGCCUAUCUGCUACCCUGUCAUAUUCAGUCAUAUAAUCAUUCACUUCUCAAAUCAAAUUCAAAUGUCACUCAUACAUCAAGAAUUCACCUGAAAAGAACCAAUGAAUUACAGGAAAAACAAGAAUCAAUUUACCCGAUUGGGUGUAUAUAUUUCCAGCUAGAAUUCCCGUCAGCACAAUAUUCCCAAUCACCUCUACCCCAAUCAACACAAAAUGAAGUGCAUCUUCCUCCUCAUCUGCCUAACCGUCCUCGUCAGUCAAACGCAAGGCUUGAUUCUCGAUAAGAUGUUCAACAUUCUCCCUCCGACAUUGAAGAAGCUGGUCAAGAAGGUGGUCCAUUGGGCUUGUCCGAAUGAGAGGGCACCGAGCGUAGGUGGUGGGGCAUCAGAUGUGACGACUACGAAGAAGGUGACGAAGACG